AAAAAAAUAAUGAAGUGCAUUUUACUAUUUUUUUGCAUUCUUGGUCUUAGUGUUAGUAGGGAAAUUUGUGAGUAUCUUAAACAGACCAAACUGACUGUUGUGUUGGGCGAUGACUCCAAAUUGCAGCUGACAACAAAUGGGUGUAUAACGGCUUCCACUUUCCAAUGGAGGAAUGUCACGGCUGUUUACAUCGAGGAGAAUUUGCAACGGCUGGGAAAAAGUUCGGUUACAGAAAUGCCGGACUUGAUAACACUAUCGACAGUGGCUGGCGAUUUGGAAGAGUUGCAACCUGGAGCCUUCACAAAUGUUCCAAAAUUAACUACGUUGUCAAUUCGUUUAAGUAAACUGAAGGAAAUAUCUAGGAACACUUUUGAUGUGAUUCCUCUAUUGGAAUACAUUAACUUUUCUAAUAACAUGAUUGACUACAUUGCUGACCAAGUUUUUGCCAACUUGUCAAAGUUGAAGACUGUAGUCUUUUCAUACAACAAAUUAGAAUUCUGGAACAGGGAAUGGUUUACCAACAGCACUUCCUUGGAGAGAUUAACCUUCAAUAGCAAUAAGAUUCGCAGUUUGCCAAGGAGGGCUUUUGAUGGGUUACCUAAAUUAACAGAAAUUAGUUUCAACAACAAUGAAAUAACAGAAAUUCAUCCAGGCGCUUUUAAAGGGUGCCAACGUUUAAAACUGUUAAGACUGGGUGGCAAUAGAUUGAAGACGAUCAAUGAGGACAUUUUUCCAAGAGGUCUCAAACUAGAUACGUUGUUUAUUGGUGGGAACUAUCUAAACUUCCUUUCUAAUGAGGUAUUGAAAAAGAUUUCCGUUAAAACUUUGGAGCUGUACGGAAACCCUUGGAAGUGUCCGUGCUUAGACAGGAUUAAUUACUGGUUGUUUGAAACCAAUGGCACUACUUACAGUCCGGAAAUUUGCACAACGAGUAAAAUACCCAUUUGCGUUUAUCCGAAAAGUUAUUCUAAAACUUGUAUCGAAGUGGCGGACGACGAGGUGAACGAGAUGUUUUUGGAGACUCUAAAUACAUUGACGGAUGCUGUGGACGCACUGAAAUACUGCGUGAAUACUGAAAAAUUGACUUUAUUGUAA